GUGUUGGUAAACCGCCUGACCAUCCGGGGGCCAGGGCCUGGUCAAAGUUGGACCGUUUCCACCAACGUCGUCUUCCGCUUGGAGUAUUUCGGAUGGGGCCUGGCCAAGGACGACUUGAUCCGAAUCGUCCCGGCCGCCUCGGCGUGUUCGGACGUGAACGGCAACCCGCGCGCGGCCUGGGGCGUCACGAACAUCAAAGUUGGCUGUCCCCAUCCGUGCUCGGAGGUGGGUGAGGUCAACGACGUCUUGAACGGCGACAUCUCCGUGGGUGUCUUGUCCUCCGAUACCUACAUGUGCGACAACCAGAACAGCGAUUGCCGCACCAACGACAUCAAGGCAGCGACGGUGCUGGACGAAAACACCAUGGAGUUGGAGUUCGAGGCGUCGUCUGGCUUGACGGACGGCGACCUCAUCACCUUAGGUGCCAAUUUUGCAUGCGCUCCGGGGCAGUCCGUGAUUGUCUGCAAUGAUGAGCGUCUCUCUGUGCUUCGCGGCCGCUACGAUUUGGCGGAUCGAUUGGACAAUCACAACUCGGCACCCAACGAAUACAUCUCAGGUCAUGCGGUGACCGUGAAUCCCAGCGACCCGCAGAAGGUGAAGCAACGGUGGAUCUUCUUUGACCUCGGUCUGGACCAUGCGCUGGGGGGAAAACCAAGUCCAUCCACCGAUGAACGCUGGUUCAUGGUGUAUAACGCUGGACAAGCGUUUGAGCCGCUGAACAAGCGGACGGAUUGGAAUUGGUUUUGCCAUGGGCAAAGUGUUGAAAGAGACACAGAGUGUAGUUUUGGAAAACGCAACCUUCUGCACAAGAAGUCGCUGAACAAGCAAUGGGGCGCUGAACAAGUGCCAGCGAUUUCCAAAGCUACACCCCACUGA